CUGAGCUUUCCAUACAUAGAAACAAAUUCCCCCGUGAUUCGUUAAAGGCGAGAAGAAAGCGGAGGGUUUUGUGUGUAAAACAGCGUGGCGGAGGAGCGUGCAGGCGUUCAGGACAAAGAAAACAGUGGAGUCACCGAGCCGGGAAGUGAAUUUAAAACUUUCUGUGGUGGUGUUUUUUUCCCUUCAUGUUUUCGGUUGACGGGGCUGCGCUGCGCUGCGCUGAGGGGAGAAAUAAUUAGCGUCAGAACGUCAGUUUGAAGUCGAAUCCGUGACCCCGAGGUAAAGGGAGAGUGAAGCAGUGAGAAUCGUGUUUUUGUGCUUUAACGGUUUAAAGUUUACCGCUGGGGAAGUCCUGACUGAGGCGCGCGCGCGACCUGAGGGAACUUUUAGAAGAGCGUGAGAGCGCGCGCGCGAUGCGUGUGAGAGGAGCGGUGUGAUGAGGAGCAGCAGGGAGAGAGAGGGAGAGAGUGAGUGUGAGAGGGAGUGAGUGUGUGUGUGAGAGAGAGAUGUGUGUAAGGCGCGGAUAUGGGUCUGUGUUUGGGCUCCGAGGUCACGGAGGAAGGCAAGAAGGCGAAACUGCACAGCGCCGAGAUCGACCGCGAGCUGUACGAGCACGCGCGCAGAGAGAUGAACGUGGUGAAGGUCCUGCUGCUCGGAGCUGCUGAGAGUGGUAAGAGCACAUUGGUUAAACAGAUGAAGAUUAUUCACAGUAACGGUUUCACGAAACAAGAGCUCAGCAGCUUUAAGCCGGCUGUGUUGGACAACCUGCUGACAUCGAUGAAGUUUGUGCUGCAUGGGAUGGGUGUGCUCCGGAUCAACCUGGCCAACAGCAAGAACAAGGUUCAUGCUCACUCUGUUCUGUCAUGUGGGCGAUGCUUCGAUGAAGAACAGGUGCUCUUUCCAUUCAUAAGCCACGCCCUUUCUUGCCUGUGGGCGGAUCAGGGGGUGCGGUCUGCUGCAGCGCGAGGCUACGAGUACGAACUCAACGACUCGGCACUCUAUUUUUUCGAUAACAUGGCCCGGAUCGUGUCUCCAGAAUACGUGCCCACGGAGAUGGAUGUGCUGAGGGUCAGAAUCCGGACCACGGGCGUCAUCGAGACCCAGUUUAAAGUCAAACACCUGGUGUUCAGGUUGUAUGACGUUGGAGGCCAGCGGACGGAGAGGAGGAAGUGGAUCAGCUGUUUCGAGGACGUCAGGGCCGUGCUGUUCGUCGUCGCUCUGAGCGGAUACGACAUGACGCUGGUGGAGGAUCCUUCCAUGAACCGAUUGCAGGAGAGCCUCAGGCUGUUUUCCUCCAUCUGCAACAACGUCUUCUUCAGGAGCACCUCCAUGAUUUUAUUCAUGAACAAAAUCGAUCUUUUCCAAGAGAAGAUCCUGCACUCGGGGCGUCACCUCAGACUCUACCUGCCGCUCUACAGAGGUGCUGACUGUGAUGUGGAUUCUGCCGCUCGCUUCAUCGCCUCCAUGUUUGUAUCUCAGAAUGCCACGCCCAGGAAGCUGAUCUAUCACCACUUCACCACGGCGACGGACACCUCCAACGUCCAGGUGGUGUUCCAGGUGGUUAUGGACACUAUAAUGAAGGAGAACCUGGAGGCUGUUUCACUGCUAUGAGACCUUUAACCUUGACACAUGACCCUUUUCCACCAACAUGAACUUGCUGCUAGUUCUGGUUUGGAGCUGGUUCAUCACUAGCGCCAAGCAUGACAACAACCAUGGCAGACUGCACUGUCCCGUGCCUACCCUACCCCACCCUACCCUACCCUACCCUACCCCACCCCUGGAUUCUUCAGACUAGACGCUACAGUAGCUCUGGAUUUUUGAGCAUUGUGGUCACAACCUAGCGCUGGAACUGCCUUGGUGGAAAAGCAGUAACUGUCAGCUCAUUUCUCCUCCCUGUGAAACCUGCAUAACUGCACCAGGACGGACGGGGACACACACACACACACACACACACACACACGCGUGCUUUUGAUGGUUCAGUGAUCAGUGGCUCACCGUGUUAGUUUCCUGAAGUCUGGAGCUGUCCGAGGUGCUGAAUCAAAACAGCACUCCUCAGCUCGGAAACAAACGUGUGUGUGUGUGUGUGUGUGUGUGUGUGUUGGAAUGAGAAACAGAAGAAACCUGCAGAGAGACGGAGAUGUAGUGAGGGAGAUGUGUGCAGGAAGAGAGAUAUGAGUGAGAGACUGAGAGUGAUGCAUAAGGAGAGACAGAUUGUGAUUUGAGAUGUACAAAGACUGUGUGGUGAAGUGUGAGAGAGAAAUGGAGAGCUAGAGAUUGAGAAUGGUGGAGAUGAAGAUAGAUCAAUAGAGAGUGAGGAGAGAGACUGAGAGAGAUACAGUUGUUGUAGAUAUGAAGAGGGGGAUAAAUGCAUCUCCAUAUGUUGGAACCCUUUGAAAAAGGAAGCGAAACCCGGUCACUGUUGAAGGCUUUAAAGGAUUCCGAAAGCAAACGGGUGAAGAGAGUGACCGAUUGAGAUGUAUAGUAUACAGGCAUGCACACGGGUGACGUGAAAAUUGGUGUGCGUCAUGCAGCACGUUGGCGUUCGUUAAAUUUUUAGCUUGCGUAGUAGUUCUGAUGGGCGUGGUCUUUUCAGAGUGACUCCACCCCAUCCACAGGACAGGAGGACUCGCUGAAGGCCGUGCUGAUGAUGGAACUCAAACACUUACGGGAGACGCCAACCGAGGGAAGAGCUUUUAGAUGAACGGUUCGACAGACAUAGAACCGGUAAAGAGCUGCUGUUCUAGCUAAAAGUUUAGGCACCCUGAUCACAUCAGGCUGGGCCGAGCCCCAUUUCAUUUAUAAUUUCAAAUACUGAAGACAUACAACAGAUACAAUCAUGCAGUGACUAUUUAGAUUUUAAAUACUAAUUUAAAAAAAAAAAUUUAUUCACACACAUUCAGCGUCUUUAAUAACUGUCAAUUCUCAAAUCAGGUGUUGAUUAAUUUCCUAUAACAGCAGCUCCAGUAACCUUCCAGUGCAUCAUGGUUUCUGUAGUAGAAGCUCAUUUACAGGGACUUGUUUAAUGUUAACGGUUAUGGAAGGAGUCUCCAGCGUCGGUGCUUUCUAACAGUCCGAGGACAAGCUGUAAUCUUUUACAACAGUGGAUAAAUAUAUUCAAUUGUUGGUGUGUCCAAACUGGGUCUGUGUAUGUGUUUACACACAGCGUGUCCUUUGCUGGUCCGUUUGCUCAUGUGUACAUACCGGUGUGUUUUCUCUUCCUGCUAAUAUUUACCAGAAAAGGCGCUGUGGGUUAAUGAUUGUCUGGAGGGACUGUGUUUUUUUGUUUUGUUUUUUUUAAACAUGCUUCAGUACACAGUGUUUUUAUGAAGUCAUACAGCAAUAAUCUGUUUAAUUGUAUUUUUGUUAUUAGGGGGCCAAGUACCAAAGGUGCGUGAUCACCGUAUUAGAUUUAUUAUUUCUUUUUUUUUUUUUUUUUAAACUUUGGACAUCUCGUGAUAACUUUUUUUUUCUUUGCAAGUUGAAUCUGUGAAGUGAUUUGUGUUUUUGCAGCAGUGUGCGUUUGUGAGAGACACACCUCCCUGUGCAUCAUGAUGUUUUAUGUAAAUAGGUGUCCUGUCGAGAUGUGAAUGAUCAUCAGACGAUGUAGGAUUUAUUUUUACGUUCUUGUGACAUUUCUGACAAAUUCUGUCCUGCAUUUUCAAAGCAAAGACAAUGCAUGAUGGCAAUAUUCUGUCCUGAAUAUCGUGAUAUUUUAUAGAACCAGUCAUCGACACAUCCGGGUCUCUUAUGUCUUAUUAUUUCUUGUAGAUGUGGGGGGAAAAAAAAUGACACAAGCAUCAACCAUCUGAGUUUAAUAAAUAAAAUAACAUUCUUUAAACAGUUUAUACACAUUUACACACAGUUGGCUACAGAAAGGACAAACAGUGAUGGUUUCUCUCUCAGAGCACUUUUUUUUUGUAGUCUAGUUGUUUACUUGCUGUUUUCAGAGAUAAAAUGGUGGAAAAUAAAUAAGUAAUAUUCAGGGCCGGGAGUCCGAGUGGAAAUCGAGAUCUGGACAGGAACAUGAGUGAGGGAGCGAGCAUCCAGAUUUCAGUGUCGAAAUGAAGCUGUUAUUUAUCAGGUGGUGGUGGGGUGUUUUUUCUUUGAUGUUCGGAACACCAGGAAAGGGGUCUUCAGAAGACACGUUCCCAACCCUGCUCCUGGAAAAGCCUCCUGUCCUGCCGGUGCGUUAGAGCAGGGAAACCACUAAACUGUGGAGGACAGGCGGUUCUCCAGGAGCAGGGUUGCGUUCCACGCUCGUCCACCGCUCACACUACCAAACAGUCGGGCGAGUCGAACGCGAGCAGAACUUCUGCCCUGCACCGGAACGUGUUCCAGCCGUCCUGCAUCGGCUCACAGCUCUGCAGGUUCGGAGAAAUGUCCUUGAUGCAGAUGGCCUGCAAAUACAAACAGGAAAUUAGCUUAAACAGAGAACUUCCUCUCCCGUGUGUGUGUGUCACUUUCUAUCUCACCACUGUGAAGAUCUUUCUUUUAAUUUUUAAACUGAGAAGAAAAUGUAAAAACUGUAGCUCUAUGUAUGUAAAUUAUUUUAAGUUAUUUAGUUUCUGAGGCAUCAAGCUAAUAAACUCUUUCUAACUCA